CUAUUAUGUAUAUCAGCAGGAGGGCUGGAAACUGGCAGCUUGGGGUAUUAAUUACUGUCUGACAAAGGAGGCUCAGACGCCACUCUUCCUGUGGCAGCAAAUACAGGCUCUCCCUGCAGAGAAGCACUACAGAGGAGUGGACGAGACCACCCUUUAUCCAGCUCUGGACAUGGAAGGAAAAAGACUGCGACAAGGAGAGUAGCAGCACAGCGUAGCAAUUCGAAAAGAUCUUACCAGUGCAGCUCUUGUGAAAAGUGAUCAGCUGGCAAUGCUUGAGACAUGAGAGCAAGUAUUUUUUUAAAUGGAUGAAAAUACAACGGUUUUGCCUCUCACUGUUCAUCUACUCGCCAGCUCCGACCAAUCAUCAAUAUUACAACAAGCUGUAGACAAAUUCCUGUGCAGAAUAUGUCCAGAUGUGAGACUCUUCCUGGUAUCCGAAAGAAUGGCUCCAAACAAUCAAAAUGAGUCCCAUAGGAAAAGGUUGGCCUUCCCCGGCAUCUCUGUCACAAUCUUUCUACGUGAGGACCUAGGCGAAGAAAGGAUAUCACUACUGCAUGGCUUCUUUCAGUUGCCACCAUGGAAUGAAGUUAACACAGAACUUAAGCAUGUAAGAUCCUGUCCCAUUAGCCAAUCGACAUGCGAUUAUUACUGUCUGGAUGUGGACAUGCCGGUGUGGGGGAUAAGACAGGUGCACUAUGGAAUGGAGAUUGUAAGACUCACCCUGUAUUGUAACUUUGAUAAUUAUGAGGAUGCUGUGAAACUUUACGAACUGAUCCUACAAAUGGAGGCAAUUGCCCAGAAACCUGGAUUCUGUUUCUUUGCACUGCAUGGUGCAAAGUAUGCAUCCAUUCAGCUCUCGUUAAAGCAGCUACCCCCUGGGGUAUUUGUGCAGGUGAAAGAAGCAUGUGCACUUCAGUUCGUGGUGGAAGCAAUAGGACAAUUGGUUCCUUUACUCCCCUAUCCUUGCAUGCCAAUUAGUGAUACGAGAUGGCAAACCCAAGAUUAUGAUGGAAACAAAAUCUUACUUCUGGUUACAGAAAAUACCAAGUUUACAGAAGGCCAGUACGAUUGCAUGAAGGGCCAAGUAGUGACUUCUUGUACUUCAAAUUUGUCAGAAUUCAAGACACCUAACAAAAGACUGGAGAGUGAAACACACACAGAUAAAGCCAAACUCGAAACAUGUUUUACCCAAUCAAAAUCUUUAGAGCAUAUUGAAAAUAGCUGUGGGUGCAGAAAGAAAAAUUACCCAAAACAGAGUCUAUACAUGAGAGAAACAGAGACCAAUGUGGACACUGGAUAUACAGUUAUAAAACGGAGAGGUCAUCAGUCUUUGGUCCCUGGAUUUUCUAGAAGUUUUACCAAACUAACAAUUUCUGAGGAUUGUGAUAUUAACACGCUUGUUCGAACUGACUGUCAAAAGAUAGUAUCUCAAAAAGUAGAAGCUGGAUGUCCUGAAGUUCUCACCAGAAAAAUAUGCUUGGACAAAGGGAAGUCAUUUUUUAAUUUGGAAAAGUCACAAGAACUCCAUAGCAACUCCAAAGAACAAGAAGAAGAAUUUUUCAUUUAAAAUGUGCCAGUGGAGCACUAGUCGUUUAAUAAAUAUUUAUAGUAUGUACUGGUAAUUGCAUGUAUUGGACAGGUUUAUCAUUUAGGAGAGCUAUCCUUUAUUGCUUCGCUUUUUAAAUAAAUCUGAUUUUCUGUAUAUGUCUGGAGUUCUAGAGAGAGUUGUAGAAUAAACUGG